GUGAGUAGACGCGUUUCGCUCCGUUUAAAAAAUUUUUUCAUUUUUUUACUUAUUUAAAAAGCAAAGCAAGCAAGCAAGAAAAAAAAGUUUUUAAUUAAAUUUCAAUAUUUAAAUAAAAAAAUUAAUAAUAGCUAUUUAUUUAAAAAAAAAUUUAUAGAUUAAUUGUGCGGUUUUAAAUUGUUUUAAUUUAUAAAACAAAAAAAAAGGAGUUACCAGAUAUUCAAAAUAAUAAAACAAAAUAUUAAACUGUAUUUUGAAAUAAACAUUCCGAGAUUUUUGCGAUAAAAAUAAAUAAAUAGCGAAAUAUUUCCAUUAAAUAAAGCUUUUUUUCAACAACAGAAGAAGAUAAAUAACUUAUCAUCCAGUCAGCUAUUAUUAUUAUUAUUCACUAGCAGUAAUAAAGCGCCACUAAAAGAACUAAAAAUAGAAUUUAAAAAAAAAUAUUAUAAAAAGUGAAGUUUAACGAACCAAAGAUCAAAUUGAAAGGAAGCUAAAAAAGAUUGUGUAUGUUAAUAAAGAAAAUAAAAUAAAAAGUAGUCAGAUAACACAGCAGAAGCAAGAAAAAGGAAGAUUAAAAAAAUUAUACAAUUCAAAAGAACAGAAGAGAAUAUACAAGCAAAAAAAAAAAUAAAUAAAAUUUUUUUAUAUCUCAUCACAGAGGCAGGCAAUUUCAUAUCAGAGCAGUAGUGUGUUGACAUUUUGUUUAUUUAUAACACGCAGCAAGCAUACGAAAUACGCAUCAUAAACAUUUUUAAUAAAAAUAAUUUUAAAAUUUCUGAAAAAAAUUUAGACCUUAAAAGGAUAAGUCUAAAUUAAUACAUAAAGAGAAAAAAAAAUAAAUUUAUAUUUAUUGGGAAUUUCACCAAAAAAGUUGUCGCUGUCCUUAACUCCCCCAAAAAAAAAAAAACAAACGACUAAUUGUUUUUAUUUGGAACGAUAUUCAAUAUAAGAAUUAAAUUUUUAAUAUUAUAAAAGAAAAAUAUUUGAUAAAUUACCGUAUAUCAAAAAUGAAUGGUUCAGGUUAUGAAUUAAAUCACACAAAUGGUGAUAUUAUUUUACAAAAUCAACAAAAAGGUUGGUGGACUAUUGGUCUUAUAAAUGGACUUCAUAAAUAUAUGACAGCUGAAACAUUCGGUUAUAAAUUGAAUGCAAAUGGUGCUAGUCUUAAGAAAAAACAAUUAUGGACAUUGGAACCAUCGAAUACCGGUGAAAAUCUUGCUUGCAGUACGAAUUCAAGUGUGUUAAUAGGUGUUAUUUAUUUAAGAUCACAUUUAAAUAGAUAUUUAUCCGUUGAUCAAUUUGGAAAUGUAUUAUGUGAAUCAGAGGAACGUGAUACUGGUAGCCGUUUUCAAAUAAGUAUUGCAGAAGAUGGUUCCGGUAGAUGGGCAUUAAAAAAUGAAUCUCGUGGUUAUUUCUUAGGUGGAACACCCGAUAAAUUAGUGUGUACUGCAAAAACUCCAACAAAAGGUGAAUUUUGGACAGUACAUUUAGCUGCAAGACCACAGGUUAAUCUACGGUCUGUUGGACGUAAAAGAUUUGCGCAUCUAUCAGAAUCACAAGAUGAAAUUCAUGUUGAUGCUAAUGUUCCAUGGGGUGAAGAUACUUUAUUCACACUUGAAUUCCGUGCUGAUGAAGGUGGAAGAUAUGCAUUACAUACAUGCAAUAAUAAGUACUUAAAUGCUAAUGGUAAAUUGCAAGUUCUUUGCACUGACGAAUGUCUAUUCAGCGCUGAAUAUCAUGGUGGACAUUUAGCAUUACGAGAUGGUGAAGGUCAAUAUCUAUCACCAAUUGGUUCAAAGGCUGUACUUAAAUCAAGAUCAUCAACUGUAACACGUGAUGAAUUAUUUUCAUUUGAAGAUUCUUUACCGCAGGCAUCAUUUAUAGCUGGUUUAAAUUCACGUUAUGUUUCUGUUAAACAAGGUGUUGAUGUUACAGCAAAUCAAGAUGAAAUUGGUGAAAAUGAAACAUUUCAAUUGGAAUUUGAUUGGUCUGCACAUCGAUGGGCAUUAAGAACAACUCAAGAUCGUUAUUGGUGUUUAUCAACUGGUGGUGGUAUACAAGCAACUGGUAAUAGACGAUGUGCUGAUGCAUUAUUUGAAUUAAUAUGGCAUGGAGAUGGUUCCUUAUCAUUUAGAGCUAAUAAUGGAAAAUAUUUGGCAACAAAACGUUCUGGUCAUUUAUUUGCAACAUCAGAUACUAUUGAAGAUAUAACAAAAUUUUAUUUCUAUUUAAUAAAUAGACCGAUAUUGGUAUUAAAAUGUGAACAAGGUUUUGUUGGUUAUAAAGCACCUGGUAGCACCAAAUUGGAAUGUAAUAAAGCAAUGUAUGAAACAAUUUUAGUUGAACGUGCUCAAAAAGGUAUUAUACAUUUGAAAGCACAUAGUGGAAAAUAUUGGAGAGUUGAAGGUGAUUCUAUUGCUGUUGAUUCUGAAACACCAGUUGAUGGUUUUUAUUUAGAAUUAAGAGAACCUACUAGAAUUUGCAUUAGAUCUUGUAAUGGUAAAUAUUUGGGAGCAACUAAAAAUGGUCUAUUUAAAUUAGUUGGUGAUGAUCCAGAAACUGCUACACAAUGGGAAUUUUAAAUAAUUGAAAAAUUUAAAAUAAGAAACAGAAUAAAGAAAAUAACACAUUCAAUUUUAAAUUAACAAACAAAAAUUUAAUCAUAUUAUUAAAAAUAUUUCUCUAUUAUUAUUAAAAGUAAAUAUACAUAAAAUAUUCUUAUAUUAAUUAAGAAACAACCUAAAAUUAUAUUUUACUAUAAUUAAUC